AUUAAAUACUCUACUGCAAUUGCUGAUAUCUAUUAAAAAUGACAAGCAUGGCAAGCACUAUCAAGGAAGUCUUCGCGGAAAUUGCAGCGCCUGUUGAGAACAGUCACGGAAAGGUGACAGUCGUCGGAGUCGGUCAAGUCGGAAUGGCGUGUGCCUACUCGAUCCUUCAGCAAAACCUUGCCAACGAGUUGUGCCUUGUUGAUGUGGUCGCUGAUAAGUUGAAGGGAGAGAUGAUGGAUCUUCAACACGGACUUGCGUUCACCCGCCAUUGCACGGUCAAGGCUGAUACUGACUACUCUAUCACCGCUGGCUCCAAACUGUGUGUAGUGACAGCAGGUGCUCGUCAACGCGAGGGAGAGACCCGUCUCUCGCUGGUCCAGCGAAACGUCGAGAUUUUCAAGGGAAUCAUCCCACAACUUGUCAAGUACUCCCCGGACACUUGCAUCCUCGUCGUCUCGAAUCCAGUUGAUGUUCUCACCUAUGUCACCUGGAAGUUGUCUGGACUCCCACGCGAGCGAGUCUUCGGAUCCGGAACCAACCUCGAUUCGGCUCGUUUCCGCUUCUUGCUCUCCGAGAAGUUGAACAUCGCCCCGUCAUCGUGCCACGGAUGGAUUAUCGGAGAACAUGGAGAUUCCAGUGUUGCUGUGUGGUCUGGUGUCAAUGUUGCCGGAGUCACACUUCACGAGAUCAAGCCAGACAUCGGAGAGAAGACUGACAACGAACACUGGGAGGCUGAGAUUCACAAGAAGGUCGUCGACAGCGCCUACGAGAUCAUCAAGCUGAAGGGAUACACUUCCUGGGCUAUCGGACUUUCUGUUGCAAAGAUUGCUCAGGGAAUUUUCAGUAAUUCUCGCAACGUUUUCGCUCUUUCGACUAACGUGAAGGGCUUCCAUGGAAUCAACGAUGAUGUCUACCUUUCUCUUCCAGUCGUUCUUGGAUCCGCAGGACUCACCCACGUCGUCAAGCAGCAACUUACCGAGGCCGAGGUUCAGAAAUUGCACAACUCCGCCAAGGCUCUAUUGGAAGUUCAGAAUGGAAUCGUCAUGUAAAAAUUAAAUCAUUUAACCUUUUUCCUUCAGUCAUCGAACUGUUUAUAUAGCAUACUUCCCCUUGUCACAGAAUCUCAUUGAAUAAAUAGUUGUAUUCCUUUU